AUCGGGAUCGGGAUCGGGACCGGGACCGGGACCGGGGAGCAGGGGAGGGAAUCGGGUGCCCCCGGCACAGGGAGGGCCGGUUCCCCCGCUGGCCGCCAGCAGCAGCUCCCCGGUCUGUGUUGCCGCAGCUCUGAGCGCAGCAGAUCCGCAGCUGCUCGAACUCCCCGGAGCCUCGAACGGCCCAGGCGGGAAUAAACCCUGGGAAUACGGGGGUGUCAGAGCUCGUGAGACAGAAAUGAAAGUUUCAGCCCAGCUGAUGUGCGCCCACCCGAUCCCGGGGCGAGCUGGCCCUGGGUUUGGUGUCAGAGCAGGCCGAGCUGCCCUGCUGCCCUGCAGGUGGAUCAGGAGCAGCCUGAGCCAUGGCUGUGGCGCUGCGCUGCCUCCGCCCUGUGCCGGCCCUGCUGCUCCGUCCCGCCCUUGCCGCGGGCAGGGGGCUGCCCCCGGCUCCCCGGCGCUGCCCGGCCCCGCUCCUGCAGGGCUGCGGGCAGUGUGUCCAGCAGAUGCUGCUGAGCAGGCAGCUGGCUACCAAAAAAGCUAAAGGUAAAGGGCAGAGUCAAGCCAAAGUGAAUAUCAGCGCUGCCCUAGUUGAGGAUAUUAUCAAUUUGGAGGAAACCAGUGAAGAUAUGCAGGCAGUCAUAGAAGCUCUCAAAGAAGAUUUCAGCAGAAAUCUCAAUAUUAGAACCUCACCAGGGGCCCUGGAUCACAUAACUGUGGUGACAAAGGAUGGGAGGUUUCCGCUGAACCAGCUGGGGCAGAUCUCACAGAAGUCACCGCAGCUCAUGAUAGUGAACAUGACCAAUUUUCCAGAGAGCACAGCUGCAGCUGCCAAGGCAAUAAGGGAGAGUGGCAUGAACCUGAGCCCGGAGGUGGACGGGGCGGUGAUCCGGGUGCCAGUUCCCAAGGUCACGAGAGAGCACAGGGAGAAUCUGGCCAAGCUGGCCAAGCAGUCCACCAACAAGUCCAAAGAGGCCCUGAGAAAGGUGAGAAGCAAAAGCAUCACCCAAGUAAAGAAGUUCAAGAACAAGGUGUCAGAGGAUACCAUCUGGCUGCUAGAAAAGCAGAUCCAGCAAAUGGCAGACGAGGCUGCCACAGAGAUGGACAAGCUGCUGGCAGCAAAGACCAAGGAGCUGCUUGGAUGAGCACCAUGCCCGUGGGCACCCUCCCCCUGGGGCAGGAAUGGACUGGCACCCAGCCCUGCCCGGAGGCAGCAGCCUCAGGGAUGGGCAGGGGCAGCCCUGUGCCUUGGCUGCCCCCAUUGCCUGCCUUGGGGUGCUGAAGAGAGGGGGGAGCUCUCCUUGCUGUCCUUUAUCCGGGUGGGAACAGAAUUUGAUGAACUGAGAUCAAAAAUAAAGUAUCAGGAAGGAGGA